AUUUUUUAUAAAUAAUUCUUGUAAUAAAAUGCUCGUUGACAAUGGAACUACAGCCGUUUCUCAUGGCUUCUUCACCAAAAAGGAAUCUAUGAACAAUAACUUGGAAAAGAAGUUGCGCAAUCACUUGUUGGCGAUUGAAUCCGAAUCUGGCACAGAAGGUCUUUUGAAUGCUUUGAAGGAAUUGACCAUUCAUAUAAGACAAGGAAAAAGUGACAAAGACGGCAAGAAGAAACGGUCUUUUUUCAAGGGGUUAAGUCCCUCUUACUCAAGUCAACCUACUGGCAAGGCUUGGACUGCUCAUGCUUUGGUUAAUGAAUUGGAAAGUAUUUUUGGUAUUACUCCUCAACGAACAAAUGCUCUGAAAGAAGUCUUAGGUCUUCCUUUAUCUCAACAAAAGGUCUUGAUCACUGGUUUGGUGGAAAGAUUACUUAGUCAACAUACACCUAUAAACGAUCGCAAUAAUACUUUUGAAGCCGUGAUGAAAGUCUUGGGUGGUCUUGGUCCUGGUCAUCAAGAUUUGGUACUUGGAGUUUCUCAGCCUUUGAUCAUGCUCUUUUAUGAUGACAUCAAGAAACCUUAUAUCAACUACGUAGGACAUAGUUUCCGUAGUGCGGAUGGUAGUUGUAACUCUAUCAACUUUCCUAAUGUGGGAAAAGCUGGCAAUAAUUAUGUUCGUACUGUCAACUCCAAAAGUCCAGCAAAUGAAAACCUUCCUCCUCCUUCUGUUGUCUUUGAAAGGUUAUUGAAACGUCCUGAAGGUCAAUUUACCCCUCACAAAAGUGGUGUCAAUAUGUUAUUAUUCUACUUGGCUAUUCUUAUCACCCAUGAUUUGUUUUACACUGAUGGAAAGGAUCCAAAGCGCAAUCUGACUUCAAGUUAUCUUGAUAUGUCAUUUUUGUAUGGAUUCAACAGAAUUGAUCAAGAAAGUGUCCGUCAAAUGAAAAAUGGCUUGUUGAAGAAUGAUCAGUGGUUUGACAAACGGCUUGUACUUCAACCACCAGGCGUUGCUUCCCUCGUGCUUAUAUUCUCUCGUAAUCACAAUUACAUUGCCAAGAAGCUAUUGGAAAAUAAUGAGAAUGGUCGUUUCUCUUAUGGACCUGGACAAGAAUUAGCAGAUGAAAAGGAACUUGAUGAAGAACUCUUCCAAACAGCAAGAUUGGUCAAUAAUGCUUGUUUUAUAAACGUGGUCAUUCAUGAUUAUAUCCGUACCAUCCUCGGAACAACUGAAGAUUCCGAUUUUAUUUUGGAUCCUUUAGCUCAACCGUCUUGGCCUGUUUAUGGAAAUGAAGUUUCGAUCGAAUUUAAUUUGAUCUAUCGAUGGCAUGCUGCUAUUGGUCAACAAGAUGAAGAUUGGUUGAAUUCUUUGAUGGCAUUAUUUGGAUCAGAAGCACAAUCGAUGUUAACAAAACCUCGACAUCAAGAACCAGCAUCAAAAGCAUCCACAACAGCAACAUCAUCAUCAUCCUCAGUAUCUCAAGCAACUGGUUGUGAUGUCAAUUCAUCAGGUACUGAUCAGAGUCUAUUCGAUCAGCUACUUCCUGCUUACAAUUCUCAUUUUGCGCAUGCAAGUCCUGAAGAAUUGGCAUUGGGUCUACCAUUGGCUGGUGCUCAUCGUGAUCUGAAGACGGGUUCCUUUGGUGAUGCUGAUUUGACACGAUUAUUACGACGUGGAUAUACACAAGUGGCUGGAGAAGUUGGAAAUGGAUUGGGUGUACCAGCAGCACUUGAAACUAUCGAAAUAGCAGGCAUCAUGCAAGGUCGACGACUUCGUUGUUGCUACUUUAAUGAAUUCCGAGAAUAUCUCAAUUUGGUGCCCAUGAAGACAUUUGAAGAUUUCUCUGAAAAGGAAGAAGUACAAACGGCUUUGAAAGAACUUUAUGGAACUCCAGAUAAAGUGGAAUUAUAUGCUGGAUUGAUGGUGGAACGUAGUAAGGUGACUGGACUUCGAUUACCUUAUACCAUGGGUCGUGCUAUUCUUAGUGAUGCUAUCAAUCUUUUACGCAAUGAUCGAAUUUUGACAAAUGAAAUGACACCCAACACAUUGACCAAUUGGGGUUAUGACUUUAGUAAAGGUGAUGCGGAUCAACAUGGCCGUGUGUUUCCAAAACUCAUCAAGUUGCAUCUUGCCAAGGCUAAUGCGGAUGGUUCUCCUCCUUUCACUGCCGAAGAACUCUCUAAUCUCUUCACUGUACCUGGUUCAGAUAGUUUCUAGUUUGAUCAUUUUAUUUUGAUAUACAUUUACAUCUAUUUUUAUCUAUAAAUACUUUUUAUCUUAUUUUUUUUUAAUGUCUAUCUAACACCUAUCUUGAUUCAUAUUCAAUAAAUCAAAUAACUAUUUCAAUAUCAUUUUUUUAUUUCUAUUUUUUUUUUUCCAAUAUCAUCUAAUUU